UUAGUACAAUUAACAAAUAAAAACUGACAAUGGUGGUAAAAAAUGUAGAAAAAUGUGAAUUAACAUGCAAUAUUGCUGUAAAAUAAUGCAGAUGAAGUAGGAGCGCCGCCUCCAGGGCCAACUAGCAAGCUGUUAACGGCGAAUGGCCAUUUUGUGCGUGACAGCUCAAUGGAACAGAGGAGACACUUUGGCAUUUUUUUUUCUGUUCCAAGAAUAAUUCAUAUGAUAAAUACCAUCGAUAUGAUGAUUGCACUGAUAAUUUAAAGUGAAACUUAAUGCAAUUAAUUAUGAUAAUAAAGUGUUAUGAAUACAAUGUUUAAAUGGUUAAAAUGAAUAACGUAUGACAAAGGCGUCGGCUGACCCAAUGAUAAUAAUGCUCAGCCAAAGAGUGUAUGUUUUGUGGAGAACGUCGGCUUCAUUUUCAGUGUUACAAGUCUGACAUUAUCGUUAUACACCAAUAUUGCAAUAGUAAUUCACUGGUUACAGUUUGCUCCACAAAUUUCAAAUUUGCUGUUGAAUUAUUCUUGGUUAAAAGUGUGACUCUCGUUGUGAGUGAUACAGCCGGAAAAUCAGAGCAGUCACAUUGUGAUAAACGAAAAUGGGAUUACGCCAGUGGAGGGAGCGGGGGACCUCCCUCGCUAAGGAGUAUAGAGAUCAAAACGCCAACUCUGACGCCUCCAACGCCGUCCUUGAACGGUGAAUGUCCCCUCUCAAACUCAACAAAUACAAGGGGUCAAACUGCCCACAGAACCAAAUCGCGAGUGGAUGCAAUGUUGGAACGUGCUCUGACACAGCCGCAAAAGUGUUCAGUAGAUCCUCUCGAUAACGCCCAGAGCUGGGGCAUACCAAUUUGGACUACCGGAAGUUUUCAAAUUUGGCUGGACAAAGUAUACUCAUCACUGCGAGACAACUCCAAUCUCAAGUGUAUUCGUCGCAAUAAUUCAGUAGAUAAAGACAUUAAAGUUAAAGAAUUUGACAAGUCGUACAUAAAGUUUGAGUCUUUCAAGCGAGAGACGAGGCCUGUUUUUCUGGAAUUGCCAGUCUGGCCUACCCUCAAUUUGGACGGUGAGCCGGGCACUUGCCCCUUCGACAAAAAGAAGGGCGAUAUAAAGCCAGAGAAGAAGGAUAAAUCCGAAUCCAAGAGAGACAUGACACGUAGAUCACGUGCUACGGCAACAAGAGCCAGAAGAUCCGAACAACUGGUCGCUGGUUACUGUGAAAUUUGUAGAAUUGACUAUCGAGAUCUCAACAAACACGUCCAGAGUGACAAACAUCUCGCUUUUGUUCGUAAUGAUGAUAAUUUUUUGUCACUGGACACACUCAUCAAUUCAGGCGCAAGUGUAGAGGCUUUUCUCAAGCUCAAUCAGGCCGAUGAUGUCGGGCAGGAUUUAUUCUCCAAUGGAACUGAUAAACUUCACAGUGUUGUUAUAAGAAACUCAAAAUCCGAUAAAACAGUUAAAUCAGACAUCAACGAUUACCACAUUGAUGAACUCAAAAUGGUGCAGUGCAAUGGUGCAAGACGUAAGCUUAAUCUUAAAUUAAGCUCACCCCAUAAUUUACGAGCGCGAACUAAACAUGAGAGUGGACAUUUGUUGCGUUCAAAAGGUAGUCCAAGACAUGAAGUUGAAAAAUCGGACAAAUUUUACGAUAAGUUUGAUGGUUUUACAAUUAAAAAACGAGCUAAAGGAACAAUAUGGAUUGAGGAGGACGAUCCACCAGAGAAUAAGAACUGUGUGGACGACGAGGUAGACUCUAAGAGUUCAAUUGUAGAGGAGAAGAGUCCUCUGAGUGAGCUGAACGAUGCUAGGUCGAUAAAGAGUAAGGAACGUAGCCAGAGUGACAAAAAAUCUCAAUUAUCGAGAGUAGAAGAGAGAAAGGAGAAGAAAUAUCCUUUCGAGAAUGGACGGGACGAGGCCCCAGACAAUUCAUUGGGCCCCAAAACUGUUAAUGGUGACUCUAGACUGGAUGGAGAGCCUGAGGAGAAAUCCCCAGGGAAAGCAGUGCUCGUAAACGGUUCUGCAAAGUCUCCAGUAGCAAAUCUCCCUGAUCCACUGAAUCCUGUUGAUGAAGGAGAGCCCAAUAAAGAUGAAAUAGAAGAACCUGUGCUUGAAUUGCCAGACUGUAACCAAGUGAAAUCUCCGGAAAAAAUCCAGCGACCAAUAAGAAUCUCAGAGAGUGAAAAACAGGAGGAGAAAUCUAAACCCAAAUUACCAAAACGUGGCAUGAGAUCGAUGAGAACACGUCAGAGACUGUCAGUUGAGGAACGUCUGAUCGAGGAUAAUCGCGCUUACUACAAGGUUGAGGUACUCGGUAACAAGUUGCGAUCAAGUACAGCUCAUUGGAGUAACGCCCCAAGUGCUCCCCCGAUCAAAGAGUCUAAAGAACCUGAGGAUAGAAUCAAAGAGCCAGAAGAAACAACAAAAAAGGAUGACGAGCCGUCCAGUGAAAAACCGGUGGUGGUGCGAUUCAAGAGAGUGAGAAAAUCCGAGUUAUCACUGUUGAGUGAUGAGGCUGAAUCGUUCAUGUUCGGUGAUUCGAGACGAGACGACUCCACAGACGCCAGUGAGAACGGCGAUGACAAUGUUAGUAGCAGUAGUGUUUUACCAGGAGACACCGAGAGUGAUUGUGAACGUCAAACCUCGUCAAUUAUCGUAUCAUCGCCAACGAAUAGCCCUCCGAAGCCAGAGCCCAUGGACGAUGACUCUCAAGACUCCAUGUACAUGGGACGUGCAAGAAAGAGAAGACGCACACAAGCAGAGGCGUUAAUAAAGGAUAACACAGACUAUUACAAAUUCGAGACACCCGGUAGCAGACUGAGAUUUCAAGGCUCACCAACAGCUACCGGUGAAGAAUUAUCAAGUAGUAUUGUUCAAGUGUUUCACGACGAUGAAUCCCCCAAAGUGAGCUCCCCUCAGCUCGAAUCAGGCACUGAUAAUAGAGACAAUAAUGGGGAAAAGAGUGAUAGUAACGUGAAUUGUGAAAAACUUUAUCCGUCCAAGCCUUCGGCUGAAGUUGAAAAAAUGAAGUUUUCCUUUGAAUCUGUACCGAAAUCUGAGCCGUGGUAUCAAACUUAUCAGCGUCAGGAUGAGGGGGCUGAGUUCUGGCAUUUUUCCAGUGAAUCAGACUGGAAGAAACCCUUUCUUUUACCCUACGAGAUGGAGAAUUUUCACGAGAAUCUACUCAAGCUUUAUCAGAAAAACGACGCUAGGAAGAAAAUCAAGGCUGCUAAAGCAAAUUGUUUUGGUAGAUCACCGAGGAAGAGCCCGAGGUGUCACGCCUCCACUCUAGCCAUCAUGUCCACGAUAAUUCGUAAGAGAGAGCAGCAGUCUCACUCUUCGAGUACUAGUGUAGCUGAUGAGGAGUCACGAUCACGAACUACGACGCCUAAACCCGAUAAACCAGAUAAAUCUGACAAAUCUGACAAGUCUGACAAAUCUAGUACUGAUCUGGAGAUACAUAAAAUAGCCAAGAGCAUAGAUGACAUGCUGAAUGCCGAUGGGGGUCUCAUCGACGACUCUUUCGAGGUCGAUACGAUGGCAACGAUAAUUGAAAACGAACAGCCUGAGCCUGAGAAGGACUUCAAAAGCCCCUCGUCCUGUACCCUACGAAUACCCGGAGCUCCUGAUAAUCUCCUGGACCUUCUGGACAAUUGCCAUCAACACAUGACUGGCAUAGACAACUCAUCCUGCGCUAGUUCUGAAUGUGGAGAGUUGCUGAUUGAGUCCCCCUUGAAGCGAAGGAAACGGCGGAAAAAUCGUACUGGUUGGCCAGGUAGAAUCCGCAGAAGAUUACAAGUGAAACCAGCAAUCACUCAGGACGUUGAUUCUGAGAGGGAGAAUCUCCCAGCUCCGCCCCAUCGACGUCAAGGCACUGCUGGUGAAGAAGAGGAGGAAGAGGAAGAGGACGAGGAGGAGGAAGACGACGAAGAGUUCGAUCAAGAAAGGGAUAAACUUGUCAAAUGUGAUCGAACUAAAGCCCCACCAACUGACUUUGUCGAAAGUCCCCCAUCCAAGUGUGAACAAGAGAAAACAUCUAACGACGAGAACCACGAGAAUGUGUUCAGGAAUGAUAACAAAUCAUCCCCCACUAAGCAGCAUAUUGCAUCGAAAUCCUCGACUCGAAGGCGUCGAGAUACAAAUAGAGAAUCAGGGAGACCUUCCUCGUCAGACACUAUAGAUUCUCAUUUUGAAAUUGAAAACGAUGAUUCUGGGUUCAGAAGGAAGAGCCAAUCCACUAUAAUAUCACGAAAGAAUUACACUACUGGAACAUUAGCUAAUAAACGUAGACAGCCUGAAGCUGACGAUCGUGAGAGCAAAACUUCGGAUAUCACUGAAGCAGAAACAAAUUCAGUUGGUAGUCAGAGUGAUGCUGAAUGCACGAGGAAAGAAUGUGCCAAUUCAACCAAGAUUAUCAAGAAGUCAACGAUAAAGACACGAACGCGUCAGCGUAAAAGUACCUCAGGUGACUCGACAUUUGACACUGAAACCUGCAAAAAGGAGUCUUUAGAUGCAGAAGUCGAGAGUCCACUGUCAGAGAGAAUAAGUCCAGUCCCUCAGCACACAGGGGAGAUGCAGCAGAGACGCUCAAGCAUUGAAUUUCAACCUGUCGUAAGGGUAAUGAAAAUCGAUGACCAAGUGGAUAUGGAUCACAGUAUUCUAUCGGUUACAGUAGCGAGUAAUCGCCGAUUGAGAAGUUCCAGUUCACCAAGAUCUCGUAAUUCACCCCCAGCUAAACGUUACAAACGAUCGAGGGGUCCAUUCGGUAGAUGGAUGAAAGACAGUUGAGAGGACUGUAUGAAAUCAGUGGUUUUAACCAAGGAACCGGUGUAAAAAAAAAAAUUAAUUGAAUUACAUUUUUAGUAAUUUUCCUGUGAAUAUUGAACAUUUAAUCACGAUUAGAUUAAUCAAUAUAAUGAACUUUUAAUGUACAAAGUGAGAAGAUCCGUAUUUGUCUUAUGUACUUUAGUAUUUAACGUCCUUUCAUAUUGUAAAACCCUCGAUUGUAUUAUUAUUAUUAAUAUUACUAUUACCGUCAUUGCUUUUUUUUCAAAGGUAACAUUAAUGCCCUUCAUGAAUUAUUGUUUUGACGAGAAACAGAUAGAGCUAAUGGAUUUUAUAAUGUUUUAAUUUUCCCGCUAAAAAUGUAAAUAUCUUUUUUUUUAUUUCNCUCCCCCCCCCCUCCCUUGAUGAUACGGGAUUGAAGACUGGAUACAGCUUUACGAUACUGUACUUUCUCCUCUCAAAAUCAUUUUUCCUGUCAUUUCUUGUGAGUCACGAGCCGCGCAGGACAUUAAUAAAAUAUAUCAUGUUUUUUUUAUGUUUUUCUGUUUAUUUUCUGUUCAAACAAAAUGUGUGUACCAAUUUUUUCAUAUUUUAUAGUCGAAUUAAUGGAAAUACUUCGUUGUAAAAAAGAGAAAUACAGGAUGAAAUAUCUGAGUCAA